AUGAUUAUUAAACCUAAGCAAAACAUACUGAAAUAAGCUGAAGUAAUAAAUUAAGAGAACUUAUUUGAAGCUUUAAUAUUUCCCAUGAGAAGAGAGGAGUUUUUUGAAAAGAUAUUUACUAAAAAGGCGUUGGUUAUCAAAGGAUUUUCCUCCAAGAGAUUCAAGUAAAUUGUUGAAGAACAGAUGUUUGACUUAGAUUUGAAGCAAAUGUGUGAGAAUACAGCCUCUGAAAACAUUCAUAUCUGGUUCCCUAAACAAAAGUAGGAUCAAUAGAAAGUUAAAAGUUAAAAGAACAAUAAAAAUGCACUAAAAGAUUAAGACUUGACCAUAAAAAGCAUUGAAACUGAAGAUCCAGAUUUGGCUUGCGUUUCUUACCAAAGAGGUGGUGCAUCUUUGUACUUUGGCAGUUCCCUUGAAUUCAGAAACAUUUAUUGCAAAAGUUUAGCGUUCUAGAUGGGCAUGAACUUCGGAGCUUAUUUUACUGAUUUUAGCACUAUGGGUGAAAUAGAAACCUUCUGGUCUAGAAAAGGAAACUUAACUGAUUACCACAUAGAUUUCUAGGAGAACUUUACCUUGUAGAUUAGAGGUUCUAAGAUCUGGAGGUUUAGAAGAUCAGGAUUAGAAUAACCCUUACUUGGAUAUACCCCACAUUAUUAAAAUACAGGCAAUAUAGAGGAAUAGUCGAAGGUUCAUCUGAAUUACCAUUCUAUUGAUAUCAAUAAGCAAUAUCAAAAUGUUAGAGAUGAAGUAUAUGAAGUUCAGCUUAACGAAGGAGAUAUAUUAUAUCAUCCAGCUGGUAUUUGGCAUUAAGUUGAAUGUGUCAGUGAUGAAUCCAUAUCAAUCAAUUUUAGUCUCAGGCAACUAAGGCAACUCGAAUGCUGCUAUUAGCCUAAAUUCUUAAUGCCUCCUUGCUUGAUGAUCCCUAGAAUCCUUAAAUUUGACCUAGAUAAAAGUGUUGAAAAAAAUGGUAAAAAAUAUUCAGUCAACCUGAAUAAAGAUUCUAUUGUUACUUUGAAUCCCUUUUACACAAUUAAUAAAGUUACUGACUUCCCAUAAAUACCUAAAGAAUUAUCUGAGGCAUAAUAUGUUAUCAAUGGAUUGUAUGGAAAUGAAGACUUUUCUAGCUAAGUUAGAGUACAAAUUAUCGCUAAAAGCAAACAAUCAUAGAGUAUAUGUGACUUGUUGAUUAAAUUAGAAACUAAAAUUUCUCCCCAAAGAGAAAAAACAAUUGCAGUCCGUAGUCAAUGGACUCUAGGCACACUUAUCAAAUUAUCCAAUCUGGCAUUUAAUUCUGGUUUAAUUGAUAUUCAACUUAAGAAUUUAAUAUUCAAUGGAGUCCUAGUUUUAGUCUGA